AACCUUUUGUUAUGUAUGUUUGAACGUGGUGGUUCACAGCCAGAACAUCGAACCAUCGAUGUAGUCGUGUACACCCAGAACGACAAACGACUGUGGAGCUCCCUCGAUAACUCGUUGAGGAUAAUAUGGAGGAAGACAGGCAGGCAGGCAGAGGAAGACAGCCCAGAAGCACAAUCCGUCGCACAGCUCAUGUCAAAAGUCAGGGAGAUCAUUGAGGUGAGUGAACUGUUGAAACACCUCAUCGAACAGCACCCUCCCUCCGACGGCGACAGUGAAAGUGUGUCCGGUAUCAUAGGCAGAGCACUCCAGCCUUAUGUUGACCAGCUAAAUCAUCACCACAACGCAUUGCGGCAGAGACAAAUUACAGACUUCUUUCAUCAACAACAGCAGCCACCUCAGCCACCUGUACUACGUCAAGCUGACUUUGAGAGUUUUCAAGAGGACGAUAAGUUACUCGAAGAGUUAGUGCCGGGUGGGGACCACUAACUCUCUACCCUCUAGCCUCGGAAUCCCUUCCUUCAAGACCAGCUCAAGUCUGUAAGUACAGUAACAUUCCCAGUAACAAAUGUAUUCUUCCUUAUUGUACCCUUUUCAUCACUUUGUAAUAAACCUAGCCAUGCCUAUGUGUGUUUCAGAUACUUUCCAUAACAUUAUCUAUAUCUAUAGUGGGUCUAAAUGGUU